GGCAGCAAGGAGGCUCCCGGUGCCACCGCGGCGGCCGAGCCACACGGGCGGCGGGCACGGCGGGGUCGCAUCUGCCGGCGCUGCGGGGCCGCGAACAAAGACCAGCCGCCGAGGCGCGAGAGCAAAGUCUGAAAUGGAUGUUACAUGAAUCACUUUAAAGGGCUGCGCACGACUAUGAACGUUUUGAAGCCUUUUUCUCAGUAAAGGAGAUCAGGAUGGAUGAGUCUGUCUUGUUGGACCUUCUGGAGUGCCCCGUGUGUCUAGAACGUCUGGAUGCUUCUGCGAAAGUCUUACCUUGCCAGCACACGUUUUGCAAACGCUGUUUGCUGGGAAUUGUGGGUUCCCGGAAUGAACUCAGAUGUCCUGAGUGCAGGACUCUUGUUGGCUCUGGCGUGGAGGAGCUCCCCAGUAAUAUCUUACUGGUCAGACUUCUGGAUGGCAUCAAGCAGAGGCCUUGGAAACCUGGCCCUGGUGGGGGCAGCGGGACCAACUGCACAAACGCAUUAAGGGCUCAGGGCAGCACUGUGGCUAAUUGUGGCGCAAAAGAUCUGCCAAGCUCCCAGUGUGGGCAGCAGCCUCGGGUGCAAGCCUGGAGCCCCCCAGUGAGGGGUAUACCGCAGUUACCAUGUGCCAAAGCGCUAUAUAACUACGAAGGAAAGGAGCCCGGAGACCUGAAGUUCAGCAAAGGCGACAUCAUCAUUUUGCGAAGACAAGUGGACGAGAAUUGGUACCAUGGCGAAGUCAAUGGGGUCCACGGCUUCUUCCCCACCAACUUUGUGCAGAUCAUCAAACCUUUACCUCAGCCCCCACCUCAGUGCAAAGCACUUUAUGACUUUGAGGUGAAAGACAAGGAAGCGGACAAAGACUGCCUUCCCUUUGCAAAGGAUGACGUCCUGACUGUGAUCCGCAGAGUGGAUGAGAACUGGGCUGAGGGAAUGCUGGCAGAUAAAAUAGGAAUAUUCCCAAUUUCAUAUGUGGAGUUUAACUCGGCUGCCAAGCAGCUGAUUGAGUGGGACAAGCCUCCAGCACCAGGAGUAGACACCGCAGAAUGCCCGUCAGCUACAGCGCAGAGUGGCACCGCCCCCAAACAUGCUGACACCAAGAAGAACACCAGGAAGCGACACUCCUUCACCUCCCUCACCAUGGCCAACAAGUCCUCCCAGGCAUCGCAGCACCGCCACUCCAUGGAGAUCAGUCCUCCUGUGCUCAUCAGUUCCAGCAACCCCACCGCCGCGGCCCGUAUAAGCGAACUGUCUGGACUCUCCUGCAGCGCCCCGUCUCAGGUUCAUAUUAGCACCACUGGGUUAAUCGUGACCCCACCCCCAAGCAGCCCUGUGACAACUGGCCCUUCGUUCACGUUCCCGUCAGAUGUCUCCUACCAAGCUGCCCUUGGAACUAUGAACCCUCCUCUUCCCCCACCCCCUCUCCUGGCUGCCACGGUCCUCCCAUCCACACCAUCAGGCGCCUCUGCCGCCGCCGUUGCUGCUGCUGCUGCUGCUGCUGCUGCUGGAAUGGGAGCCAGGCCUGUGGCGGGAUCCACUGACCAGAUUGCACAUUUACGGCCUCAGACUCGCCCCAGUGUGUAUGUUGCUAUAUACCCCUACGCUCCCCGGAAAGAAGACGAGCUUGAACUGAGAAAAGGGGAGAUGUUUCUGGUAUUUGAGCGUUGCCAGGAUGGCUGGUUCAAAGGGACAUCGAUGCACACCAGCAAGAUAGGUGUUUUCCCUGGCAACUAUGUGGCUCCAGUCACAAGGGCGGUGACAAAUGCCUCCCAAGCUAAAGUCCCUAUGUCUACUGCGGGUCAGGCCAGUCGGGGGGUGACUAUGGUCAGUCCUUCUACUGCAGGAGGGCCUCCCCAGAAGCUCCAAGGCAACGGUGUGGCUGGGAAUCCCAGCGUUGUCCCUACAGCUGUGGUGUCAGCAGCUCACAUCCAGACGAGUCCUCAGGCGAAGGUCCUGCUCCACAUGACGGGGCAGAUGACAGUCAACCAGGCUCGCAAUGCCGUGAGGACAGUUGCAGCACAUAACCAAGAGCGCCCCACAGCAGCAGUGACACCCAUCCAGGUCCAGAAUGCUGCCUGCCUCGGUCCUGCAUCAGUGGGGCUGCCCCAUCAUUCCCUGGCCUCUCAACCCCUGCCUCCCAUGGCAGGUCCUGCUGCCCAUGUUGCUGCUAUCGGCAUCAAUCGAACCAAUGCUUCCCUGGCCUGCGCUGCAAGCGCCUCCCUAGCCUCCCCAAACAUUACCGCUGCCGCUUUGGAGACCGAACCCAGUGGUCGGACAGUGACCAUCCUCCCUGGACUCCCCACAUCUCCCGACAGUGUUGCAGCAGCGUGCGGGAACAGUUCAGCUGUGAAACCAGACAAGGAUAGUAAGAAAGAAAAAAAGGGUCUACUGAAGCUGCUCUCUGGGGCUUCCACCAAACGCAAGCCCCGAGUCUCCCCGCCAGCGUCACCUACCUUGGAUGUGGAGCUGGGUGCAGCUGACAUGCCCCUGCAGGGAGCAGUGGGCCCCGAGUUGCCGCUAGGGGGCGGUCACGGCCGGGCGGCCUCCUGCUCCACAGAUGGAGAUGGCCCAGUGGUCUCCGGGACAGCAGCCUUAGCCCAAGACGCUUUCCAUCGCAAGGCAAGCUCCCUGGACUCCGCCGUGCCCAUCGCCCCACCACCUCGGCAGGCCUGCUCCUCCCUGGGUCCCGUCAUGAAUGAAGCCAGGCCUGUUGUUUGUGAAAGGCACAGGGUGGUGGUUUCCUAUCCUCCUCAGAGUGAGGCGGAACUUGAACUCAAAGAAGGAGAUAUUGUGUUUGUUCAUAAAAAACGCGAGGAUGGCUGGUUCAAAGGCACGUUACAAAGAAAUGGGAAGACCGGCCUUUUCCCGGGGAGCUUUGUGGAAAACAUCUGAUCUGAGGGAGACUCCACACCGAGAAAGGGUGACAUCACAUCAUGUGACUAAGAGCACAAGGCAGCGUCAUAGGAAGAGCACAUCUGUGGACUUCCAGGUCUCCAAGAGCUGAGCAGAGGAUGGACACGUGACUCCAGAGCCGGAACCUGGUUACCCCAGCGGACAGAGUGAAGGUGGCACCCGUGUGGGUUCCAUCCCUCUGGGUUCUGAUGUGUAAAGUGUGCCUUGUACUGUCUAGUGGACUAUACAGAGAAAUGUCUUUUUUUUUUUAAGAUGUAUAACUAAAAUGGACAAUUGUUUACAAGGCUUAACUAAUUUAUUUGCUUUUUUAAAACUUGAACUUUCUUGUAAUAGCAAAUUCUUUGGAUUAUGAUUUUAAAAAAAUAUUAAUUUAUGAAAUGAUGGUUAAGGAGAAGCUGGGUUCUCUCCUGUUGAGAGCAAGAGGUUCUUUUUGACAUAGAAUGCAACCCCCUUCCCUGCUCGCUGCCCUCCUCCCCCAGUUAUAUUUUGCUUCUCUUAGACAAAAAUGCCAGUUUUCCAAACAAACAACUGAAUACUGACCAUCAAGGAUCUGGGGUGGGGAGACAGUGGCUUCUGGCUAGAAGAGUCAGUGGGGCCAGCUCUCUGCUUUGUUCAGAAACCAGCCCGAAGAUCUGAUCCUCGAUUUCAUUUUGUGGGUUUUUCAUUUUCCUAGAAUGAAGUGGGUGAAGUAGGAAGGAAAAUAAAGCACAACCAUUGUCUAAAAAUAUGCAUUUGUUUGCUAACACAAGCAGCUCCAUGCGUUGGUUGGGAAGUAGGAGAAAUUGAAGUUGUAGUCGCUGUGUGUGAAUGACUUUGAAAUGUAAUUCCCGUUUUACCCUCAAGUGACUCUGCAUGCCCAAGACACAGUAAAACGUUGUGAGACGGUGGUGGUAAGAGAUGCACUCACGUUGAAGUCGAGAGCUGUCAGAAACACUGGGAAAGUUCCUGUUCAUCCCUUGUGAGUCCUCCGCCAUCUUGCAUGUGUUCCUGGAUCCCCACACUGAUGAGGACUGUGCAUGGUUUGUAUAUGUCGCUGCAGUUUCCACUCAGAACUGACCGAUACGGGAGGCUUCAACAAUAAACAGCAUUCUCUCGUCUACCCCACCGCCACUACUGACCGAGAUGUCUUGAGCGUGCUUGCUCGGUCUCGGAAGGCGUUCAUUAGCCAGCACACCAGUGGUUCGUUAAAUGCUCUUUCGUAUGUGCCCUCCCAGCGGACUGAUGUGAAGGGCGAGUGUAUCCAGGAGACCACUUGCUCCUGUGACUAUGUAGAAGCUCCGCAAGGCUUGCUGGGAGUGGCUGUGCCCACACCUUACAAUUGCUGCAGGGUCCAGCCGAGCCUAUCUUUUUAUAUCCAUCCUUUGAUGUCUGGUGGUGUCUUCUUCCAGUUUCAUCCCAGCCAUGGGUCUGGGUAGUCCUGGAAGCAGCUGGAGGAAAGACAGCCAGGUAGUGAACAAGAUUGCUCUACAGUUCUCUUCUGGGUAAGUUAAGGAAGAAAGGCAACAUACACCAGCCUUUUCCUUUUCCCUUUUUAACUGUGAGAAGAAAGUAGCUGGGAAGUAUCCACAUAAACUGAAGAAUCAAGUAAUGGCAAGAGAUUCCAUUGUCUUCAAAAGUUAUGUAAUGUGGUUGGAAGUGGAAUCAUUCCUGUUAACCAUUUUUUUUAUAUAAAAACACUGUAUAUUACGUUCCUCUGUGUUGAAUUUUUUUAAAAAAAUACUUUACUUGGAUAUUCAUGUAAUAUAUAAAGGUUUGGGGAAAUGAACUUUAGUUAGAAAAAAAGCUGACAUCAGCUUUCAUCUGUGUGAGUUGACACCAAUGUGUCAUAAUAUUCUUUAUUUUGGGAAAUUUGUGUAUUUUAUAGAAAUUUUAAAAAAGCAAAAAGACUACUACAAGUUAAGAGGAUUUUUUUUUUAAACCUGUCUUUUCUCCAUAUUUUCAGCUAUGUGAUUGACGUAUCCUUGGUAAUAGUUCCCUGGUAUAAAGUUGAUUAAAAUGUCAUCUCUUGGUAGAAAAUUAGGUGAUUUAAUGUGUGGGCUUCCUAUUGGUUGUUUUGGAGACAGUAGAUGGAUGUUGUAACCAGGGCUUGUUGCACAGUGGUGGUCAUGAUAAAAUUAUACUUUAUCAUUCCUUUUGUGUUAGUUUUGAGGACUGGAUAAAAGGUUUCAUUAUUAAAAGUUGAUGUUCAACCCUUCUA